GGCCUGGAGGAGGCCAAGGGCUUAGCUAACUUGAAGAACUGAAAGGAAAGCAGUGAAGCUGGUGGUGAGGUAGGCAGAGGCCAUGCUAAGAAAUUUGUAUUUUAUGCUAAGAACAAUGUACACUUUAAGUAGAAAAGAUGAUCCGACUGGAGUUUUGAAAAGCUCAUCCUGGCAGCUGUAGAGGAGAAUGGAGGGGGACCCUGUCUCACAUAUUUCCUAUAUGUGGUUAGGAGACAGGAUGGUGAGUUCAAUUGGGUAUUGGCAGUGCAGGUGGAGGGGUGUCGGAUUUGCUAUAUUUAGGAGAGAGAAGCAAGAGAAUUUGAAAAUUGGUUAUGGCAGCUGUGAGAAAUGGAGUGUUGAAGAUGGUGCUCCAGGAUUCCGACUUGGGUGCACGGGUGGCUGGUGGUACAUUUAGUAAGAUGGGGAAGAUGGAGUUCAGGUUUAAGGGGAAGAUGAAGACUGAAGUCCUGGCCGUUAUGAGUUUGAAGCCCUACGAGCCAUCUACGCGGAGAGAGCUGUAUAGGCUCUUGGAUGUGUGUUUAGCGGCCAGGCUGGGGUAUAGAGGUACAUGUGGGAGUUGAGGCUUGUAUCUGUGGACCCACAGAGAAGGGAGCCAAGCCCUGCCCCAAGGAGCCCUCAUGUUUGCAGGUCCUGCCUGCUUCAAAUGUUGCUGGUGAUAACCUACAUGUCACAUUUGACAGGGCUUCCAAACUAAGCCAUCUAAGAAAGGUCUUAUGAUUCAUGGCUUAGAUCCUGUCCCUGAGUAAAAAAUCUUACUGUGAGUCCUUCAAAUCCUUUUGUCAGUUCCUCGAACUGUUGAUGUACUGAUUAGUAUGUAAAAUACUGACAUUGAAAAGAACACUGACUUGUUUCUGAAUCAUAUAAACUUUGAUUUUCUUGUGCACAAAACAUUUUAGCCUGUAUGUUGUCAUCUGCAGCCAGUGACUGUAACCUGGGUACCAUACCCUCCGAUGAAAAAAAUCCCACCUCUGAUAUAAGGGGUCCUCCUCCCUUUUCCUAAACUUUCUUCUAAAACCCUUCCAACGUGUAACAAAUCUUGAACAUGCCCAACUUUGCUGGUAAGUCUUCUUGGGUGGAUCCUCACAUUUAGCUUCCAAUAAAUCAAAUUAUUUCAACUUCAACAGCCUUAAUUUCCGUGGACACUGGUCAGAGUAUUUCCUCUUGUCUUUCCAUCAUCCACUUCCUGUGAGCUGUUCAGAAGCAGCUCUCUGCAGCCCCAACACCCACCUACCUGCAGGCCCCCCUCUCUCUGCUGGCUCCCGGAACAAGGCUCUGAUUGGGAUGGCAGAGGAAAGAGAAACGGGACCAGCAGCGCUACUCAGGCCUCGAAACUCCACACUCACUACCGUUUCCGCGCCACCCUCUCACGCGGAGCUCCUGGAAGGGUCCAGCGCUCCCUCUGCAAGGCACCGUCGGUCUACACCGCUCGAUUGGCCUUUUAUGGCACUGACUGUUCUUUGAAGCUUUUGCAGCUCCUUCUAACCCGAUUUCACCGUGUUGGAAAUGUUGGGGGUGGGGCGUAAAGGGGGCCAUCCCGUCCACAGAAAGAGUCGCUUGCAGAAAUGAUUUUAAAAAUCCCGGGUGCCAGGACGUGAGGAGAAUCCGGCAGGGAGGGACGGGAGAAUUUCCAAAGGUGCCGCUCAGUGGGAAAAUCCCUUUGUCAGAGUGGCCCGAGGGGCGCGGGAUGCAGCCGCGCCCACCCCGCCCCGCGUCACCGCGUCUUCCGGAAGCUCCACGCCCCUGGGUACUUGGUUUCCCCGGAUGGUUCCGGAAGAGCGCGGCGCAGCUGGCUGUGAGCGCAGGGCUAGCCCGGAGGCCGCUUCGGCAGCCAGGGCGGCGCAGAGGGGCAGGGCCAGAGGGAAGCGCUUUGUUCCGCGCGUGGUUCCCGCGCCUGGGGGCGCGCGGGAGAGGCGCGAAUCCGAGUGCCGCGCGCGGCCCGGGGACUUGCACGGGCGUGCGGGGUGGAACCGCAGGAACCGGAGCUCUCGGGUCCCCGCCCCGCCCCGCCGGCGGCGGAGGCAGCGAGCGCGAGAGCCCAGCGGAGUCGCUGGGAGCCUGAGGCACCGAGACACAAAGGCAGGCGGGAUGCGGGAGCAGGCAAAGGGAAAGCGAAAGCCGCGCGCCCGGCCGGUGACAGGGUGAAGGCGCCGCGCAGCUUUCCCGACGCCGGCGGUACCCGGAGCUCCUGGUCGAGCCUGGCGCGCCGCAGCCAUGGCCAUCGCUCACCUGGCCACGGAGUACGUGUUCUCGGAUUUCUUGCUGAAGGAGCCCACGGAGCCCAAGUUCAAGGGGCUGCGACUGGAGCUGGCUGUGGACAAGAUGGUCACGUGCAUUGCGGUGGGGCUGCCCCUGCUGCUCAUCUCGCUGGCUUUCGCGCAGGAGAUCUCGAUUGGUACACAGAUAAGCUGUUUCUCUCCAAGUUCUUUCUCCUGGCGUCAGGCCGCCUUUGUGGAUUCAUAUUGCUGGGCGGCUGUUCAGCAGAAGAACUCACUGCAGAGCGAGUCUGGAAACCUCCCACUGUGGCUGCAUAAGUUUUUCCCCUACAUCCUGCUGCUCUUUGCGAUCCUCCUGUACCUGCCCCCACUGUUCUGGCGUUUCGCAGCUGCUCCUCAUAUUUGCUCAGACUUGAAGUUUAUCAUGGAAGAACUUGACAAAGUUUACAACCGUGCAAUUAAGGCUGCAAAGAGUGUGCGUGACCUUGACAUGAGAGAUGGAGCCUGCUCAGUUCCAGGUGUUACCGAGAACUUAGGGCAAAGUUUGUGGGAGGUAUCUGACAGCCACUUCAAGUACCCAAUUGUGGAGCAGUACUUGAAGACAAAGAAAAAUUCUAAUAAUUUAAUCAUCAAGUACAUUAGCUGCCGCCUGCUGACACUCAUCAUUAUACUGUUAGCGUGUAUCUACCUGGGCUAUUACUUCAGCCUCUCCUCACUCUCAGACGAGUUUGUGUGCAGCAUCAAAUCAGGGAUCCUGAGAAACGACAGCACCGUGCCCGAUCAGUUUCAGUGCAAACUCAUUGCCGUGGGCAUCUUCCAGUUGCUCAGUGUCAUUAACCUUGUGGUUUAUGUCCUGCUGGCUCCCGUGGUUGUCUACACGCUGUUUGUUCCAUUCCGACAGAAGACAGAUGUUCUCAAAGUGUACGAAAUCCUCCCCACUUUUGAUGUUAUGCAUUUCAAAUCUGAAGGGUACAACGAUUUGAGCCUCUACAAUCUCUUCUUGGAGGAAAAUAUAAGUGAGGUCAAGUCAUACAAGUGUCUUAAGGUACUGGAGAAUAUUAAGAGCAGUGGUCAGGGGAUCGACCCAAUGCUACUCCUGACAAACCUUGGCAUGAUCAAGAUGGAUGUUGUUGAUGGCAAAACUCCCAUGUCUGCAGAGAUGAGAGAGGAGCAGGGGAACCAGACGGCAGAGCUCCAAGCUAUGAACAUAGACAGUGAAACUAAAGCAAAUAAUGGAGAGAAGAAUGCCCGACAGAGACUUCUGGAUUCUUCUUGCUGAUGAUUUUUUUCCUUGAGCUGUAAAUCUGUGACUUCUGUGACAUGGGAUUUAAUUUGGCUAAAGCAUCCCUGUUGGUUUCACAGCUGGUUUGCAAUAAAUGGUUCUUGGUGGAGAUACUGAGCAUGUCUUAUUGAGUCCCUAAUGGAAAUGGUGAUCAACAAAAGGUUAUGGAAGAAUGGUUUAUGAACUUCCCAUAGGAAGCACCUGAGAGAUAAGUAAACUGCAGCAAGUAACUAUGUGUAAGUCCUCAUCAAAUGAAAAGCAGAAAGACAAGAACAAUUAGUCAAGAGCAGUAGCCCUGUCAGAGCCUCGGAGCAAUACCUUUCUGUACCCGUGGUGAGACAAGACCCAGAGCUACUGGAAAACAAGCACUUUGGAAGAUUUGUUUUGUUUUCGUGGAAUAAUAAUAUGUCAGGAUAUAAUUUAACGUGAGUUUCUUAUGUGCCCUUAAAGACUGUUAGACAAGAAAAGCAUUCACUGGCUAAUGAUCCAUAGGUCGACCUAUGUCCUAAGUUAGGUGUAAGGUCCGAUGCCUUGGCCCACACUCGAGCUCUCUUUACAUUGUUAGUUGUCAACCUUGGCUGAUGGAAAUCCCGUAACCACUAUUUGUUGCACUGUGCCUUGAAGGGCAGCAGGCCCAAGUGCUGCUCUGACUGAAAACUGAGUUAACAAGACGAAAUCUAAAGGAUAUUCACAGUGACUUCAAUUCAGGAAGAAUGCUUCCGAAAGAGCCCAGUGGGGAAAUCUGACAUCACAGAAGACAUUAAUUCAGUCACUUUCAAAGAGUUUGUCUACAGGCGGUUUCUCUGUUAUCAAAGGCAUUUGAAAUAGGAUUUUACUUAAACAAUAAUGGAACACAGGAGUAUUUAAAGUGAAGAACACUUUGCCUGAAUGUGAUCAGGGCACAUAAGUGACAUUGGCGUGCUUCAUAUGGCGUGCUUGGAGCCAGAAAAACUUAGCGGUUUAUUUUGUUUAUAUUUAAGCACAGCUUUAAAAAAUUCAUUAUCGUUUAUUCAGUGUCCGAAUUGAGGCCAUUUGGGAAGAAAAUUCUAGCACUGGCGGAGAAUUAUAGAAUAAAGAUUAUAAAUGGUUGGAUAAGACAAAUGUAAGCUUAUUUCGUAAACAUUUAAAGCUGAUUCAGAACAUGUUAAAAACUGUUCCCAAUUCCAACUGUGUAAAUAGAUCCUAUGUUCACAUUUUACACACACACACACAAAUCUUUAACAUCUGUGGAACUUCCCAGUUUUAGUCUUAGAAAGUUAGCAUGUUGCAUAAGUUCAGUAAUCCUCAGGAACCUCCAAGUUUACUUUUAGCUCUUACGGACAGUUGUUUACAUAAUCUAAUUACUGUUUUCUGAAGAACGGAAAUUAUAUAAGCUGCUGUCUGCCUUUCGGAAUAUUCAGAAAAGCAGAUUUUAUUUGUACUUCUGUGAUGUUUUCUGAAAUGGAAAGCUGAUGAUAAAUAUCAAAGUAGCAAUCAGUGCGUUAAAUUAUUCUGUUACAUGAUAUUUAUUACUGUUGAAUUAUUCUGUGACUUAGAAAUGGCAGUAACCUAAAUAAUGGAAUUUGCAAAAUUAUUAUAUUGCCGUAUCUGAGAUGUUCCAUCACAAGUUUCUACACUGGUUUCUUUUGAAAAUUUAAAAAGAUUUACGAGAUACAUUUUCUAGGAUAUGAUUUUUUUUUUUUUUUACGAAAAGCUUCAUCUUCUGUAGACUAUCCUUAAUUUGUAUUUUGAAAUGGUAAAAAUUGAUAUUUUAGGAGACCAGGAAGUCUCCAAGCCCUUCCCACUCUCUGAACUCCAGUAGGGUCUGUGAUGUCCCAGGCACCAGUAGCAAGUUGGAUGUGCAGAUACGCAUAGGCAGGUCCCAUCCUUGAGGACUUCAGAGUCCAGUAAAAGGCAGCAGAAACAUGGGCUGUUGCCUAAGAGGAGAAAGCGUAGCCACAGUAAAGGCUAUGCCAGAAAACUCCUAGCAAAUGCUCUAUGUUCUUGGGAGAGGGCACAUUGUUUUUGUUUUCUCUCCUAUAGUUCCUGUAACUGCUGGUUUUGAGAAUAUAGUAAUCAUUUUUCCCAGAGGCAGAUGACCACCUUAAGGUUCUUUAGCUGCAAAUCCUCUAGGUUGAAGUUUGCGUGAAAUAGUCACAGUGAUUUUGAAUAGUAAGGGAUCCAGUUGCCUUUUGAACCUUCCCUCACAGGGAUGAGAGAACAAGCCUGUGGAGGUUGUGGAGCUACUGGUAAACAACUGUCAGGGCCCCAGAAGGCUGAUGUGGAGGCCUGGGGAUACAUUUCAUCUAAUAAAAGUAUUAUUAGGUAUCAGUAUCAGUAAUAAAAGUAUUAUAAUAAAGUAUCAGUAAUAAAAGUAUUAUAAUAAAAAGUAUUAUUAGGACAGGUAAACUCAUCCAUCUACUGUGAGCUGCUGGCUUGGAGAAUGACUUUUGAGGAGCCAGUUUCCUGAGGAGAAAUGCUUUUAUAAAACACUCAUUGCUUUGUAAAAGGAGACAAACAGAUCCUAAAUGACCACUCCAGGGUUGCUGAUUUUGUUUCUGGCUCAUGUCUGCCUAGUAAACCACCAGCAAGCUGCUCAACCAGGCUGGAAACAACAUUGUUGCAACUGGGAGGGACAUAGAGUACUGUGAAAGCAGCGUUCCAACACAUCUUCACUUUUACAAAGGGAUAGGCAGAGACUUCCAACAUAGAGGUUCUUAAACUUCGAGGGGUUACAACCCCCUUGCAAAUAUUUUUAUAGCUAUGGACCCUCUCCUCAGAUCUACAGCCAGCAUUUUCAGUGCACCUUAGGAGGUCAUUUUAGUCCACGCCUCUGAAAAAGCUGCACUCCAACGGCUGAAGAGCAAGCCACACGGCAGAGAAUGGGGCUCCCUUUGCCUUCAUGAAAGCUACUUCCCCCAACACUAAGACUCAGCUGUACGUUUGCUUAGCUCAGUCACAUUUACAUUCUUCUGGGUGAACUGUACCUUUUGAGUACCUGCCUUCAUUUUCUAGAAUCAGACCUAACAAGGUCAGUAGAAGCCUGGGCAGCAGCGGCCCUGGAAAGACCAGGCAGCCAGCAUGAACUGCUGUUCUCUCCCUAACCACAAGGCGUCAUCUUCCUCCAGGGUCAAGUAAUUGUUCUUGUUCCGCCUCACAGGAAUGUGGGGAGGAAGGACGUAACGCUAUAAAAUGCUGCGUCCUACCUUACACUUGUACUGUGAGAAAGCUGGAAACUUCCACCUGUACAGUGGGUCUGGUUUGCAUGUUUAGUUUCAUUUGUGGGAACUGCUUGUCCAAGAGUGAGCUCAGGUCAGGGCAGUUUGUGCCUAUGAGAAUUAGCUCAGCUAUCAGGCAGGUUUUUAGACACCUUUUUAAAAUGUGCUCGUGUUUGGUUUGUUUUGCUUACUGUCAGUCCUGGGUCAAUCAAAGGUUUGUAAGGGUGAGAAUUUUUAUGCACUGCUAUAUCGCAAGUGCUUAAAACAGAGACUGGCCCAGAUGAGGCAUUCUUCAAAUGUUUGUUGAAAUGAAUGGACAAACUCUUAGGAUAAAUCCUAAUUUGUUGGCAACUGUUAUUUGAUUUUAGAAGGCAAACUGAUUUUAUUUUAGAAAGGAGAAGGGGAGGGGAGGCUCGUUAGCCUCUUGGUAGAAAGAGGACUAUUUCUGCAAAUGAAUAGGUUUCCACUUUAAGUAGUGACAGUCCUUAACUUCUUAUUAUGGAGUGAGUCUUGACCGCUUUCCAAGUUCAAUACAAGUUCAAGAUUGCCUCUCAGUGAUUAGGGAAAUUGAAGCUUUUAAAGCUCCUGGUCUCUGUAAUUCCUCAGAAUAAACCUCUUUAAAAGGGAUAUUGAUGGAAAUGUACAAUUACCAGUAAUUGAGGUUUUAUCUGAGGGGAUGGAGAUGAUGAAAUGGUUCCUUCUUGGAAGUUGUUGGCAUUUUGGCUUUAUUUUUCACAAAUAAAGUGAAACCAUUUAAAACGA